AUGCCACCAAAUACCUCACAAACCCCUUUCUCUGAGCCAGUUCAACCGCUUAAGGUUACUUCUCCUAAUGUCAAAUAUACCGAUACUCAUAUUAUUGCAGACUUUGUUUAUCAGAACACCACUGUUUCUAAAAACAUCGAUGGUACCUUAGAAAUUAUUCCCACUGAUACCAAAUAUCAAUUCAAAACCGAAUUGAAUGUUCCGAAAGUCGGAUUGAUGAUGGUUGGAUGGGGAGGUAAUAAUGGCUCAACCCUUACCGCCAGUAUCAUUGCCAAUCGCCGCAAUAUUACGUGGCGCACAAAAGAUGGCGUCAAAUCUCCAAACUAUUUUGGGUCCGUCGUUCAAGCUUCCACUCUCAAAUUAGGCGUAGAUGCAAAUGGAAAUGAUUAUUACAUCCCUUUUAACCAUAUCUUGCCCAUGGUUCACCCUAAUGACUUGGUUCUUGGUGGUUGGGAUAUUAGCUCUUUUAACCUCGCGCAGGCUAUGGAACGUGCCCAAGUUCUUGAUUAUGAUCUUCAACGUCAGGUAUCCCCUGAACUCGAACUAUUAAAACCGUUACCUUCUAUAUAUUAUCCUGACUUUAUUGCCGCUAAUCAAAGUGAUCGAGCUGAUAAUCUUAUUCCUGGAAAUAACAAACAAGAACACCUUGAACAUAUUCGUAAAGAUAUUCGUAAAUUCAAAGAUGAUAAUCAGCUUGAUAAAGUCAUUGUCGUAUGGACUGCCAAUACCGAACGUUUUGCUGAAAUUAUCCCAGGCGUGAACGAUACGGUCGACAAUCUUUUAAAAGCCGUUGAGAACAGCCAUCCGGAAAUUUCGCCAUCCACAAUUUUUGCUUUGGCCUGUAUUCACGAAAAGACACCCUUCAUUAAUGGAUCGCCUCAAAAUACCUUUGUUCCUGGUUGCAUUCAACUUGCAGAACGUGAACGCGUUUAUAUCGGUGGAGACGAUUUUAAAUCUGGACAAACAAAAGUCAAGUCUGUUUUAGUCGACUUUUUGGUGAAUGCCGGUAUUAAACCAAUUGGUAUCACUUCUUAUAAUCAUCUUGGUAAUAAUGAUGGCAAGAAUUUGUCUGCACCACAACAAUUCCGAUCCAAAGAAAUUUCCAAAAGCAAUGUAGUUGAUGACAUGGUUGCUUCUAACCAAAUCCUCUAUAAGUCCGGUGAACAUCCCGAUCACGUUGUCGUUAUCAAGUAUGUACCAGCAGUUGGUGAUUCCAAACGAGCCCUCGAUGAAUACGUUUCGGAAAUAUUUAUGGGUGGAAAGAACACUAUUUCAUUGUAUAACACAUGUGAAGAUUCUCUCUUGGCCUCUCCGCUUAUUUUGGAUUUGACCAUUAUCACCGAGUUAAUGACACGUAUUGAAUAUUGUGCUGGUGACAUGAAGGAAUUUGCACCUUUUGAUGCAGUUUUGUCCAUCUUGAGUUUCAUGUUAAAAGCACCUUUAGUACCACCGGGAACCCCUGUUGUUAAUGCAUUGAAUAAACAGCGUAUGGCAAUGGAAAAUUUAUUCCGCGCAUGCAUUGGAUUAGCUCCUCAAAAUGAAAUGCUUUUGGAACAUAAGGCUCCGGCUAUUCGUAAAUAUUAG